AUGGCUGGAGAUAUUCCUGGCCAGGCAAACCGCCACUUGGCCGCGUCAGAGCUCUUUCGAGUCGAAAACAAACGGCGCGCCGUAUCAGAUCGAAAGCUCUCCCCCACAAUACACAAAGGCUUGGACUCGGCCUCCUGCCAUCAAAAGCAGGCGCGCCAGCGUCGGGUGCCCACAGCGACUUGCAAAGCCAUUGCUACUCGAAUCAGCAUGGCGCCAAGUGACUUGAACGCAGGCACCACCGACGGUGGCGGCGAGGCUACCCAGGCAAACCCGACCAAGUCUCUCGACUCUCUCGACUUCCCAAACACUCCCGACCCCUUUGACUCUCGUCUGAACGCCGUCGAAGCCAUCAAGCUGCGUGAUGAGGACAGUACGAGGGAAAUUGGUGCAAUCAACCAGACAGAUGAGCUUAGCAAGGACAAGACGGACAAGAAGCCCCUCCCCUUUCUCGAAAUGCCCCCCGAAGUCCGAAACAAAAUCUACCGUGAAUCUUUGGUUUCGCAAAGCACAUUGCCACAGGACCUUGACGAUUAUGACUCAACUGCAACUCUCUCCCAGCCAGCCCUCACGCUUGUCAACAGACAGGUCCGAGCUGAGGCACUUCCCGUCUACUACGGAGAGAACUUCAUCCUCCAAAAGUACGUCACCAAUUUAAGAGAAAACCGGACUUGUUUUUCUCGGAAGAUCGUCGAUGCUUUCACUCCUGUUCCCAGCAGCUUGCCAGGUUCCAGCUCGCUGGGGCACAUCACAAACCUUCACUUGGAGCUCUGGUAUACCAUGCCUAGAUUCCCAAUUCAAAUUCAGAUGGCAGUCCAGAUGAGGAGUGGUGAAUUAAUUGCCGAUGCGACUACGUCGUGGCCAGAAUGGAGGAACAUGGUGAAGGUUGGAACCACCGACUUGGACUGGACGGAUGCAGACGCUGUUCGGGCUGCGUGCAACAAAGCUGCAGACGACCUUGUGGCCAAUCUGGACGACGAGUUGUACCGAAUCCUUAUGGCGCGGAUGAACGGAUCCGCCCACCAAAAUGCUUUAAAUGCCGUGUGUGUGUUGGCAUCGGCGUGUCCUCAUCUGACGAGAUCAGUCUUCAUCAAAGACUGCACUGAGGUGGAUUGGGAUGACGAGUUUGACGAUGACGGGGAUUAUGAGGAAUCUAAUGACUGGUGGAAUGAGGAUUCCGAUGAGAGCGACUUUUGA